AUGUCAUACUCAGAUUCGCUAGAUCAGGCAAUUACAACGGUCAAACAACAGAGCAUCCUAGUGCAACGUAGUUUAGCUCAACGUAAACUGAUGGAUGCACUACGUUACUCUUCAAUCAUGUUAACUGAACUUCGUAAUCCAAAAUUAUUACCAAAACAAUACUAUGAAUUGUAUAUCAUGAUAUAUGACGCUUUGACUGUUCUAUCAAACUAUUUGUUCGAAAACCAUCCAAAGAAACAUCAUCUGGCCGAUUUAUAUGAAUUGGUCCAAUAUGCUGGUAACGUCAUACCAAGACUUUACCUUAUGAUCACUGUCGGUACCACAUACUUAAAAUGCCCCGAUGCCCCCACAAAUGAGAUACUGAAAGACAUGCUCGAAAUGUGUCGUGGUGUUCAGAAUCCAAUAAGAGGCUUAUUUUUAAGGUACUAUCUAUCGCAAAGAACAAAGGAAUUGUUACCUGAAAAUGAAGUGGCUUUGAAUUCUCAGUUCAUAAUUACAAAUUUCAUUGAAAUGAAUAAAUUAUGGGUUAGAUUACAACACCAAGGCCCUUUAAGAGAAAGAGAACAACGUACAAAGGAAAGAAAAGAAUUACAGAUCCUCGUCGGGUCCCAAUUGGUUCGUCUUUCUCAGGUAAUAGAUGAUAAUCUAACAAUGUAUAAGGAUCAGAUUUUACCCAUUAUAUUAGAACAAAUCGUACAAUGCCGAGAUAUUGUAUGUCAAGAAUAUCUAUUCGACAUCAUUUGUCAAGUCUUCCCUGAUGAAUUCCAUUUAAAUACAUUAGACACCCUCUUGGAGACAACUCUACUAUUGAAUACAGAUAUCUCCGUCAAUAAGUUGAUUUCGACAUUAGUUGAGCGACUAAAUGGUUAUUUGAAAAGGAUUGAACAACAGGAGAUCACUAACCAAAGUAAAGUGGAUGUCUUUGACGUUUUUUGGAAUUAUUUGAAUAAACUAAAUGAAGAAAGACCUGACCUAUCAAUUUCUCAAAUGGUUUCCUUGAUUGAAAUCGUACUAAAUUUAAAUUUACACUGGUUUCCGAAUAAUUUUGAAAAUUUGAACAAAGUUUAUGAACUCAUUUCAACGAAAUGUAAUGAUUUUGACAACAAUAUCCCGAAGGAGACAGAAUUUGUGUUCUUAAAUAUACUAACACUACAAAAUUUUGACUUCCUCGAUAGUAAUUUCUAUUUCAAAUUGGUAAUAGAGUGUCCCGCAUAUAGUAGCUUACUCUCUUCACAAAAUAGCAAUUUACAAACUGCAGCGAUUAAUAAGUUGCUAGAUGUCUUUAUUACAGCAGAUAACUUUGUCAUAGACUCUAAGACUCAGUUAGAAAGUUUCUUAAAACUCUGUGAACCUUUGAUCAAAAUGAAAUUGAAAAGAGCGUUGGCUAAUGAAAGUAGUCCUACCAACCAAUCUUCCAACCAUCCAAUGGACCCUUUUGUCGUUAAGAAUAGUACAAAUGUUGGUCAAUCAGGUGUAUCAGAGGAGAAACAGAAAAUAUCAAGAGAAAAUAUUGACGAUUUAUUAAGUUUCGAUCCAAAUCAAGAAAAAUUGUCAAAAUUCAUUCACAUAUUAUUCAAUUCAGUAUUAAAAUCUACCACUUUCAAAAAAUUGGAAUCUCAAGUCGAGAUACUUUUGAUUAUCAAGAAUUGGCUAUACAAAGGUGGUAAAAAUAUUACUUUCACUUAUCCAUCUGUGAUAACAAAUUUCUGGAGGUUAAUCAGAAAGGCCAGCCUAUUUAUGAAUAAAAUACCAAAGAAAAAACCAUACUAUGAAAAUGUAAUAAAACAGAACUUCAAAUACAUUUCUCGUUGCACAACAGAAAUGUUCAAUAUCUGUGGCGCACAAUCUAAUGAUCAAGUCUUCAAGAUAAUAUUACAAACCGCAUCUCUGGCAGAUCAAUUAGAAUUUGGCGAAAUUGCAUACGACUUCUUUUCUCAGGCCUUUACUAUUUUCGAGGAAUGUUUAACUGAUUCCACAACCCAAUUUCAAGAAUUAAUUUACAUGGCACAAAUAUUACAGAGGACUAGAUCUCUUUAUAAAGAAGACUACUAUGAUUCAUUGAUCGUUAGAUCUACGCUACACGGCUCCAAACUUUUGAAAAAGCAAGAUCAAUGUCGAGCUGUAUAUCUAUGUUCUCAUUUAUGGUGGGCAACAGAAAUUUCAUCUCUUGGAGAAGAGGAAGGGGUCACUGAAGAUUUUUUUAGAGACGGUAAAAGAGUACUUGAAUGUUUACAAAGAUCAUUAAGGUCUGCAGACUCAAUAAUGGAUAACGUCCAAAGCUGUGAAUUAAUGGUGGAGAUAUUGAAUAGAUGUCUUUAUUAUUUCAUUCAUGGGGAAGAAUAUGAAACACACGUUACUGUGAACUACAUAAAUGGAUUAAUUGAACUGAUCAAGACCAAUCUGAAAUCAUUAAAACUGGGAGAAGAAGCUCAGUUAUCGGAACUACGCAUCGAUGAUAAUCCCCGUAACGUCACUAAGAACACUUUGGUCAACGGAUCAGAUGGUAAUUAUGUUCAAAUAGGCGACAACAAUAUGAACACUACAUCUACUGUUCUAAACCCCCAAUCCAAAUUACUACGUGUCAGCGAUUUGAUUCAAGUUCCCAUCCAACACUUCCACAGGACCUGCAAAUAUAUUGUAAAUCAAAGAGAUAUAGAUCCUCGGUUCGAAACUAUAGUUGUAUAA